UAUACGAAUAAUACCACGAACGCAUUAUCUAAUAAUUUAAAAACAGAGAUGGCCGGCGAAGUUGUUGUAGAUGCGUUACCGUAUUUUGAUCGUGGUUACGAUGAACCAGGAGUGAGGGAAGCAGCUUUGUCAUUAGUGGAAGAGGAAACAAGAAGAUACAGACCAACGAAAAACUACCUGGAAUAUUUACCAGCCCCAAAUUAUAAUGCCUUUGAGACUGAAAUAAUGAAAAAUGAAAACGAAAGAAUGCUUGCUCGUCUGCCGAUGGAGAUGUUGAGUAUGAAAAGGUAUGAAUUGCCGCAGCCCUCAGCUGGUAAAAUGACAGACAUAUCAGCAUGGACGGAAUGUGUGGAUAAUUCUCAGGCUCAGUUGGAGCAUCAGGCUCUGAGAAUACUGAAUUUGGAGUUAAUGGCAGACAAUGGCUCAAAUGCCUGGAAACAGUACAAUUCCAUCCUUGUGCAGAUGAUGGAGAAUGCACAAAAACACUUACAAGAUCUUAGAAAACACAUCCAAGAAAUAAACUGGAGGAGAAAAAGUGAACAGACUGAGGCUGGAAAUAAGCUAAAGGAGCUGGAAGAUAGUUGGGUAGGACUUGUCAGCAAAAAUUACGAGAUAGAGCGAGCUUGUGUGGAAUUGGAGAAAGAAGUGACAAUUCUGGAUCAGAAAAAAGCCAAGGUGAAAAUGGUUUUGUGAUUUCGUCUUUGUUCUUAAAGUGUCAUCUGUAAAAAGGGAUCAAACACAGAUAUCAUGCCUCCAAAAUCUAGUGUAUGGUCAUUUUUCAAACACAAGAUAGAAAAUAUGAUAUGUGCAAGUCUAAUCUUGCAUGCAUACCAUAUAUAUUAUGUACUAUGAUGCCACUUAAAAUAAUAUAGUAACAUCUGAAAAUUGUCCACAUUCAUUGUUUUUUUCAAUCAUUACAGGAAUUUAGUGCAUUUUCAAGUUUUUCCAAACAGUAGUCAUUGGUUUUAAUGAGGAAACAUAAAAAUAAUUAAAUGUAUAACAAUGGAUUCAAGUGUAUUUUACAUAUGAUCAGUUGUUUAUUAUGAUAUAUUGAAUACACCUCAAGACAAGAAACAUUCAUUCAGGCUCAAACGUAAUGUGCACAAUAGAUAUAAUUAAUAUUUUAAACAUUAUGGUAUUUUUAUUGUAAUUUCAUAAUCUUAAAGGAUAUCUUGAAAUUCUCUUUUCUUCACAAUAUGUUAGUUUUUGGAUAAUACUACUUUGAAAAUUAUAGGUCUGUAUCAUAUUACUGCCACUAUUUUCAUAUAACUAUUUGUGCCAUUUUACAUAUUAUAUAUGUACUACAAAACAGUGAUGGUUAACUCUUGUGGACUACAUCAGAUAUUCAAAACUCUGCUGACAAAACCCUCUAUUUCUACAUUUUUUGGAAUAAAUAUAUUGAAAAUCUACCAUUUUUGUGACAUGAAUUCUCAUAUACUCCAUUGAAUACGCCAGUUUCGAGAUAAGAGCUCUCUUGUGUAGGAGGUACAUUUAGUAGAACUUUGAGGGCCUAAGUGAGACAGAGUGAACCUACUGUCAGUGAGGAAGACGAUAAAAUGUAUUAAAAGCGGCUUCUCUUUAAAUAUUUAAAUGUUGGAAAUACAAAAUACUAUUGAAAGAAAUGUUUUACAAAUGCAGAAACAUAAAAACAAUGUCAAAUUUGAAAGUAAUAUCCUUGAUAUGAUACCUACGACCAACAAAAUUGCGUGAUAUGAUAAGAAUUCCAUGUAUUUAAUUACUCCCUGAAUACUUAUCACUUAAUUAGUUUGUGUAUCAGUUGAAUUCGGGCGAUGAAACAGCAUAUGAGAGACUUACUGAGUACAUUCACUUAAGCAGUGAUGAAUAUUCGUCCCACUCCCGCAUGUAAACAAGUUGUUUCGCGCAUUACUAUGUACGAGAGUUCUUCAAAGGGAAAUAACUCGAACGUAUCUCGAAACCGGCGUAUGAAACAGGUAUUGCUAUUUGGACGUUUGCUUCACCUAAAGCAAAACAGAUCAACUUUAGUAAAGCUCAAAUCAGUUCAUUUUUAACUUUUGUGAAGCUCAAAACAUAUCAUUUCUAACUUUUGUGAAGCUCAAAACAGAUCAUUUCUAACUUUUGUAAAGCUUUAAAUUUGUUUUUCAAACAUUAGAAAAUAUUGUUUUAAAAAAUUCACUUUCACCAUAUUGAAGUUGGAUAGAUAUUUGUAAUAGUUUUGGACUGUUUGAAAACGUCUACAAUAACAAAAUCAUUUUGCAGACCAAAAGGUAGUGAGGAAGAUUUUGCCAGCAUCAUUACCGACUUCUCAUCACUUGAAUGGACUCCAUCACUCCUGCUCUACUUGGCAUUGUGAAGACAGAAUUUGAACUAAGACAGGAAUGUUUCACAAGCUGUAGGCAUUCAUCCUGAUGUGUCCUAUUGAUUGUGUUCAAAAUGACUUCUCUUUUUUUUUUAAAAAUAUGUGCAGACAAUAUGAAUAAAUGUUUUUUUAAAA